CAACAUUAUUAUUGUUAGAGAGUAAUUUUUUAAGAAAAGAAAAGAAUAAACGAAACAAGGUUGGACGUGGAAAGGGAAAAUCAAGCAGUUGGUUAAAGCAGAGAUGGUGGACAAACUGAUCGUCGCCGUUGAAGGCACCGCUGCGUUGGGUCCUUACUGGAAAACCAUCGUUUCCGAUUACCUUGAUAAAAUUAUCAGGUGCUUUUUUGGAGUGGACUCAACUUCACAGAAAUCAUCUGCAGCCGAUGUGGAGGUCUCCUUGGUCAUGUUUAAUACACAUGGUUCUUAUAGUGCUUGCCUGGUUCAGCGGAGUGGCUGGACAAGAGACAUGGAUACCUUUUUGCAGUGGCUUUCAGCUAUACCUUUUUUAGGAGGUGGUUUCAAUGACGCUGCAGUUGCAGAAGGACUUGCUGAAGCAUUAGUGAUGUUUUCUGGACUAAAUGGUAACCAAAGUCAACAAAACAUGGAAGGGAAAAAACAUUGUAUACUUAUUUCUGGAAGCAACCCUUAUCCGUUGCCUACACCAGUUUAUCGACCACAGAUGCAGAAACUGGAGCAGAACGAAAAUAUUGAAGCACAAACAGAUAGUCGACUAUCGGAUGCUGAGACAGUUGCAAAGGCAUUCCCUCAGUGUUCCAUUUCCCUGUCAGUUCUAUGCCCAAAAAAGCUUCCAAAACUAAGAGCAAUAUAUGAUGCGGGAAAACACAAUCCACGAGCAGCUGACCCGCCCAUUGAUACGGCUAAGAAUCCAAACUUUCUUGUUUUGAUAUCCGAAAACUUCAUCGAGGCUCGUGCUGCUUUCAGUCGCUCUGGAAUGACCAACUUGGCGUCAAAUCACAGCCCUGUCAAGAUGGAUGUGUCUUCUGUUCUUCCAGUUUCUGGCACACAAUCAAUUUCUAAUUCAGCAGCAAAUGUAUCUGUUAUGAGUCGACCACCAAUUUCCGCUGGAAAUAUUCCUCCUGCCACUGUAAAAAUUGAGCCCAACACUGUGACCUCCAUGACUGGACCUGCAUUUUCACAUAUUCCGUCUGUUCGUCCUGCUCUUCAACCGGUUCCAAGCUUGCAAGCUUCUUCUCCUCUUUCUGUUUCUCAGGAGAUGGCAUCACAUACUGAGAAUGUUCAGGAGAUGAAACCCAUAGUCAGUGGUAUGACUCAGUCCUUACGUCCAGUUGCUGCUGCAGCAGCAAAUGUCAAAAUCUUGAACGGUGUUGCUCAGGCACACCAAGUUCUAGGCGGGGGAACUUCUAUAGGACUGCAAUCUAUGGGUGGCACCCCUAUGCUUUCAAGUAUGAUAUCUAGUGGAAUGGCAUCUUCCGUCCCUGCUUCUCAAGCUGUAUUAUCAUCUGGGCAAUCAGGUGUGACAACAAUGACUGGGGCUGUUCCACUAGCAGGAAGUGCACAGAAUACGCAAAACUCAGCUCCUUCUUCAUUCACUUCAACUGCUCCCAGUAUGUCUGGGAAUUCAAACAUAAGCAUUUCACAGCCUUUGAAUAAUAACCAAAGAGGUGUUAGUAUGACUGGUCAAACAGUUCCUGGAAUGAGCCAAGGUAAUCUACCAGGCACACAAAUGAUGCCAAGUGGGACAGGGAUGAACCAGAAUAUGCUGACUGGGCUUGGUGCAACUGGUUUGCCUUCCGGAACUGGCACAAUGAUGCCUACUCCAGGGAUGUCUCAACAAGGACAACCAGGCAUGCAACCAGUUGGUGUGAACAGCACAUCAGCUAACAUGCCUCUAUCUCAACAGCAAACAUCUGCUGCAUUGCCAUCAGCUCAAUCAAAAUAUGUCAAAGUUUGGGAGGGAAACUUAUCUGGUCAGAGACAGGGCCAACCUGUAUUUAUUACCAGAUUAGAGGGGUAUAGGAGCGCCUCAGCUUCUGAAUCGCUUGCUGCAAAUUGGCCUCCAACAAUGCAAAUUGUUCGCCUUAUUUCCCAGGAUCAUAUGAAUAACAAACAAUAUGUUGGGAAGGCAGAUUUUCUAGUUUUUCGGGCAAUGAACCAGCAUGGAUUCCUUAGUCAGCUGCAAGAAAAGAAGCUUUGUGCAGUAAUACAACUUCCAUCGCAGACACUGCUUCUCUCUGUUUCUGAUAAAGCCUGCCGCUUGAUUGGAAUGCUUUUUCCUGGGGAUAUGGUGGUGUUUAAGCCACAGAUACCAAGUCAGCAGCAACAACAGCAGCAGCAGCAGCUGCAAGCACAACAUCCACAGCUGCAGCAGCAACAGCAACAGCAGCAUCUUACGCAGCUACAACAGCAGCCCCUUCAACAGCUGCAGCAACAGCAACAGCAGCAACCUCUCAUGCAACUGCAGCAACAACAGCAGAUUCCGUUGCAACAAUCACAGAUUCCCCAAAUGCAGCAACAACAGAUUCACCAAAUGCAGCAGCAGCAGCAGCAGAUCCCGCAAAUGCAGCAGCAGCAGCAGAUUCCGCAAAUGCAGCAGCAACAGCAGCAGCAAGGGAUGAACCAAACCUACAUGCAAGGUCCUGCAAGGUCACAAAUAAUGUCUCAGAGUCAAGUUUCAUCACAAGGACUGCCAACCAUACCAGGAGGCGGGUUUAUGAAUUGAAAAUGUCAUAGAACUAGACAGCCAUUGUACAAACUGUGAGACCAGGCGGUUGAUUCCAAAAGUGUAACCAUGCAUUUGGUGCAUAUCUUACAAAUGAAAUUCGAAGUAUUCAAAUUCGUUGUAGGCUCUAGCAUAGAAAUUACUUGUGCUCCUUCGAAUCAGGUUAGCGUGGCUGUAAAGGCAAGAUAAAAGGGGAAGAGGGAGGAAUUUUCUGGGUGUGGGCUUGAGAGCAUAUGAUUGCAUAUUUGAUCACCAACCUAUUUUCUAUUGAUCAUAGUUCAACACCGGCAUUGUGUUUGCUUUUGUUCAACUAUAGUUAUUGACGUCACAGGUACAGCACUUCACUA